AUGUCCCGCCGAGGCUGGGUGGGCGGACCAGACGAGAGAGGUACGCUGGAUAUCGUCUGGAGUUGCGUAUCAACGCUGUUCAUCUGCCUUUGGAGUAUGCUACACCUAAAUAUACCCUCCCCAAAAGACACUUUCUGGACUAUCUUCUGGCGCAAGGCGCGUUGGCUCUUACUUGGUGUUCUAGCACCUGAAGUGCCCAUGCUCUUCGCCGCUGGUCAAUGGGCCUCCGCGAAAAGGUCCGUCAAAGCUAUGCGAGAUAUGGGCUUCGAUGAAGAGGAAUGGUCGCUUGAGCAUGCCUAUUACGCAGACAGUGGUGGGUUCGAGUUACGGACUGUUGACCGCGAGGCAAUUCCCAUCACCGCCAAACAGGUCCACUAUCUGAUCGAACAUGACAUAAUUACCCUACCAAGAGUCACUAAGAAAGAGAUAUGGGACAAGAGCAAUGCAGACAAGGUCGCCAAAUUUCUUGCCUGUUUCCAAACCGCAUGGUUGACAACUCAAACAAUUGCACGUGCGAUACAACAUCUCGCUAUCACACCGUUGGAAUUAUCAAGCAUUGCGUUGGCUUUGACGUCUCUUACGACACUAUGGUACUGGUUGCAAAAGCCGUUGGAUGUUGAGACACCUACGCUCGUUCAUACCAAACCAAUUGAGCGCAUUCCGAAUGAUCGAGACCCGCAACUCUCCAAUGUCUACCAGCAUCUGUCGCUGGCUGUGGCCACCGCCUCUUUCGCCAGUAUCCAUCUUGCAGGUUGGAACUUCAGUUUCGAAACCGACUGGGAAGCAUGGCUUUGGCGUGGCAAUUGCUUAGUGAUGUGGGGUCUUCUGGCUACAUAUGGGACGACAGAAGUGGUGGCUUGCUGCAACGAAAGAUUCCAAAAGCUAGGCAUGGAUACGAUGGGAGGUUACAAGAUGCGAUGGCCUGCAUGCCUUUGGUUUAUCAUACCCGCAUCGCUGUAUGCAAUGGCUAGACUUGCGUUGUUGUUUGAAGUGCUGUAUAGCAUGCGCAGUCUUCCGUCUGAUGCUUUCGUUGAGGUGAAAUGGUCUUCCUUCAUCCCUCAUAUAUGAAAUGGAACUGGGUUAUGACAGUUCAUACAUGCCAAGUGACACACCACGGGGCCUGAUCGGUAACAUCAAAACUGCAGAGAGAAGUACGGGAUAGUAGCGAUCCAUCUUUGUACUCUAUACUGUCCCGUGUUUCCGCACUACUUUGUGCCACCCCGCUUUAUUCAGAGUCCUGAGGGUCGUAAGAGUGCAUUAACAGCAA